AUGGGCCCUCCCCGUCCGUCCUUCGCAGCCAACAGCCUGCAGACCCCACAGAGACGUCUGCAGCCAGCGGGGGAUGGGCGCAGCCUCCCGGGGUCGGGCCCUAGGAGACAACUGCCUCGUGAAUCCCCAAGCCCCGAAAGGAUCCUGGACUUGGGGUCCCGAGACCUGGCUGGGGGACUUGGCUCCCUCUUUGCUUGCCUGACGCUCACUGGGCUGCAAGCCGUGGGCAUCCAGGGUGCCCAGCCCCGUCUCCUGCUGGUGGACUCCCCCAGGGCAAGGAGUAGCUCCUGGCCUGCAGGCCUUUUCCAGGGCCUGGAGUGGAGGCUCGGAGCGGUCCGGCGCUCGCCCAAGGUCGUGCAGGGAGCAGGAACCACGACCCCAGCCCAGGUGAUGGGCGUGUACGGGCACCUGAACCGGCCCAGGACACCCAAGCUGGGCCUGAAGGGCAGAGGCCUGGGGCAGGCCGGCCAGAGUGCUGGACAACAUGCCACGCAGGGGCACAGGUGUAAGCACAGGCCUGGAGCCUAUCGUGUGCUUUACCCCAGACGCACGAUGCCAACAAAGACGUGCAUUUCUGCAGCCUCUGGCUUCCAAGGAGGCGACAUGGCCCCCAUUUCCUCCGAUCGGUGUGCACCUGGCCCCGAGGAGCAGGUGGGGACACAGGUGCGAACAGAGGUCACGCAGACGUCGAGUCUGGUGGAGGCGCGGGUGGGGUUGGGAGGAGCUGGAGGGCGGCAGCGGGCGCCGCAGGCUGAACGGAGUUUAUGGGCUGCGGAGAGGCCGCUGGACCGGACCCCGAACCGGAACCCCCGCGCGCCCAUCCUCGGCCGAGCCAGCCUUUGGCCGCGCUGCUCGCAGCCUCACGCGCCACUCCCACGCCUGUCCCGGCGCCUCCUCCCGGGGGGUGGGGCGCCCCUCGCCCUCCAGCAGACCCCUCCCCUAUGCCGCGCGCGCCCCGCGGCGCGCAGGUCGACCCCGCCGUCUCUGUUUCCCUUCCCGGGCCGGGGCAGGACGCGGGGCAGGGGCGCGCGGCAUGGGCGCAGCGCAGGGCGCGGCGCCCGGAGGGUCUUGCCCCGCGCGCCCGCCGGCGUCCCGGCUCCCGGGCUCCGACACAGCUGCUCAGGAAGCGGCGCGCAGGCCGUGCCGGGCGGGGGCACUCUUGAGUCUGCACGCUCCCACUUCCCCUCCCGCCUCACCCUCUGGACACCCCCAGUCCACCGACGUGAGGGAUCGCCACCGCCGCGCGCCCCCCGCCCCUCCUCCAGCCCUCCCCGCUCGGGCUCCUCCACCAAACGCUACAACCUCAGCGCGGCCGCGGCCGCCACCACCGCGCCCGCGCCGGAGCCGGAGCCGGAGCCGGAGGCGCCGCUCCCCCGCCUGCCCGGCCGGCCCAGGGCUCGCCAAGCGCUGUCCCCGCCGCCGCCCCGCGCUCGCCCCGCGCUUGACGCAGUGAGCGCCGCAGCCCGGCUCCCGCCGGCUCCGCUCCUCUCCCCGUCGCAGGCGGAGCCCAGCCCGGCAGAGGCUCCGGGAGUGGCGGGCAGGGCGCGAGGGGGGGGGAGAUCUGUCUGGAGCCGGCGAGGCCGGAGGAGGAAAAGCCGGAGGAAGGGGGGGAAGCCGCCGCCGCCGCCGCCGCGCUCCGGGGACCUGGGCGCGCGCGCUCCGCUCGCCCGUGACCGUGCCUCCGGCCCCUGGCCCGCACCCCGGCCCAGGUAG